GCCCUGGAUGCCAUGACUGAAGUGUGCAUCUCUGGUGAAGUCAGAGAGCAGGUGCCACCGUGCUGAGGUCUGCCGUCCCAAUGAGCAAGGCAGGCAACCCACAGAGACGCACCACCUACCUCAUCUCCCUCACUCUGGUGAAGGUUGAGGCUGUGCCAGACGAUGGUGCAGAGAGCCAGACGGAGGCUCUUCCAGAGGGGGAAGGGAGCCCUAAGAAAAAAGAGGAGGUGAAGGAGGUGGACGUGAGCAUUGCUCCUGAAAGAAAGGAGGGAUCAUUGUGCGUGGAGGUUGUAGAAGGAGAAGGCACACUCGUGGAAGAGGAAGUGGAACAGGUGCAUGUCAAGUAUGGCAGCCCCGCUGAGUACAGGGCUAAGUCUGAGAGGAGGGAACCCCAUGCACAUCAAAAGGACACUGUAUCAGUUGGGAAGAGUAAAGAUACCUCUUUUGUUCAUGCACCUGUCAGGCAAAUGGUCAAAGUGUACGGAGGAACAACAUCUGAGGGAACUGUACGAAGAGAGGGGCCUCGCUCAGAUGCCUUGCGCCCCAAGACGGAGCUCUACCGAGAGCCUCCUGUACUCUUCCUGAAGGGUGAAAAUGGAGCAGACUUGAGCAAUCGGUCACGUUCGAGUCUCUCCUUUUCCAUUCCACCGCAGAUCAACCAGCGUCCUGAAGUUGCAAUGAGGGUGCAACCAGGAGGUAACUCUGCAUGCUGGAGGGACCUCAGAGAAACCAACAAGAGCUUUUACGGACACUCUGCUAAGACUCUGGAGAGAAGGGACAACCGUAUCGGGGACCAGUCCCCUGUAAUAGCAGCUACAACCCUGGGGCCUUACAGGGCCUCUUGGGCCGACAGUGACGGCAGAGGCACGCUCAUUCGGCCUGGAGCUCCCAUCGGUGGGGGGUUUUCGGGUGUAAUGACCCGGGACAGCUCUCAGGCAGAAAGAUAUAAGGCAGUUUCUGUUUCUUUACCUGCCCCUCCUGCCCCUGAUGUAUCCAGGCUUCAGAGGAAAAGUACAAGUCGUACCCUUGACAACAGCGACCUGCACUCCUUUUCAGAGGAACUUAAGAAAGGGAAGGAGGGCCAGGCAGGAACGAUCCAGCGAGCGCCUCCUCGUGAUCGCAAGAUGCUCAAGUUCAUUAGUGGUAUUUUUACCAAAAGUACAGCAUCGCCAGCUUGUGGUAACACUGUGCCUCCUCUCUAUCCAGCUCUGGAGAGAGGCUCAAGUGAAGAGGAAGCUGUUUGCACCAGCAGUCAGGAGUGGCCCAUGAGCCAAACUGUGCUGGAACUUCACCUGGGUGUUUUGGGAGGUCUCUGCAGUGGGAAAUCUGCUCUUGUCCACAGACACUUAACAGGAAGUUACCUGCCACUGGAAAAUGCAGAGGGACGCCAGUAUAUUAAGGAUGUUCUGGUGGAUGGCCAGAGCCACUUGCUGAUAAUCAGAGAAGAGACAGAACUUCCAGGGGUUCAGUUUGCAAGUUGGGUGGAUGCUGUCAUCUUGGUCUUCAGUUUGGAAAAUGAGGCCAGCUACCAGGAAGUCUAUAAAAUGUACCACCAGCUUGCUAUGCACCGGCCCGUCACCGAGAUACCUUUCGUUGUUGUUGGCACUCAGGAUAAGAUCAGUAGCACCAACCCCAGGGUUAUAGAUGACACCAAGGCCAGACAGCUCUGCUCAGAUGUGCGACGGUGCACUUACUAUGAAACCUGUGCGACAUACGGCCUCAAUGUGAACAGAGUCUUCAACGAUGCUGCCCAGAAAAUCAUGGUGGCCAAGAAGCAAGCUGCUUUACUGGCUUCCUGUAGAUCACUUCCCAACUCUCCCACUCACUCCGGGGGCUCCACCCCAGUGUCGGGCAUCUUUCCAGGACAGGCCAGUAAUGGUGGACAGAGCAGCGAUUACUCCUCGUCACUUCCCUCCACUCCCGUGAUCAGCCAUAAAGACAUUGGCAGAACAUCAAAAGGGGAGAAACCGGACAGCGCUGGUCCCGGGUCAGCCCGCAGUGUCCGAAGGCGCACACCCAGAUUUGCGGGCCGGAGGGGCAGUGAUUCAAACAGAAGGAGUGCCGAUUGCAAGGGUGAUUAUGGCAGUGGACGCUCCAUUCCCAUCAAACAGGGCAUCUUGCUGAAGCGCAGUGGGAGCUCGCUCAACAAAGAGUGGAAGAAGAAGUAUGUCACACUGUCCAACGAUGGUAUACUGUCCUAUCACUCCAGUGUCAAUGAGUACAUGCUGAAUGCCCCAGGGAAAGAGAUGGAUCUGCUGCGAGUGACGGUGAAGGUGCCGGGAAAGCGACCGCCUCGUGCUGUGCCUGCCUGCGGCCCCCCUGCCGGGCUCAACGGGAGGGUUAAAGAUGUGCUGGGACCUGAGGUCCCAGUGAACACCAGCAGCCUCCUGCACGUGGAGGAGAUGGAGGGGCUGGGAGGCCCACUGUUUCUGAGGAGUAACAUAGGUGUGCAGCGGUGUCCUUCCACACUAUCUAACCACGCUCAAGGUGUCGACUCUGCAGUUGAGGGAGUCUCCAGCUCUUCUUCUACCAAAGAUGUCGGCUCUGCCUCCCCGCUGACGGACAGGAAGAAGCAUCGCAGAAAGAAGAGCAUGAAUCAGAAAGGAGAUUCAACCAUGGGCCAAGCAGACGCAAAGCGCAAAAUGUGGAAACUCAAAAGUUUUGGUAGCUUACGGAACGUAAGCAAGACAGAUGAGGACAACUUUGACUUCCUCGUCGUGUCGAGUACUGGCCAGACGUGGCACUUUGAAGCCCAGAGCGUGGAGGAGAGGGACUCCUGGGUCCAAGCCAUCGAGAGCCAGAUUCUGGCCAGCCUGCAGCUGUGUGAGAGCAGCAAAAACAAGGAUCGCAAGAACAGCCAAAGUGAAGCCGUGGCACUGCAGGCCAUCCGCAAUGCAAAAGGCAACAACUUCUGUGUUGACUGCGAUGCCCCGAAUCCAACGUGGGCCAGUCUGAACCUGGGCGCUCUCAUCUGCAUCGAGUGUUCUGGGAUUCACAGAAACCUGGGGACCCACCUGUCUCGGGUUCGCUCUCUGGCUCUUGAUGAUCUGCCUCGAGAGCUCACCCUGGUUCUCAGUGCCAUCGGCAACCACCUGGUCAACAGUCUAUGGGAGGCUUGCACAGUAGGCCACCGAAAACCAACACCUGAUGCAACGCGAGAGGAGCGUGAAUCGUGGAUCAGAGCCAAGUAUGAGCAGAAACUGUUUGUGGCGCCGUUGCCUCCGCCCACGCCCAGCGAGGGCCCAGACAUCACUCUAUCUGGUCGUCUUCUGUUGGCAGUGAUGGAGCGCAAUCUGCCCAAGCUGCUGCUCCUCUUGGCCCACUGCACGAAGGAGGACAUCAACGCCCCUCUCAGCCUGUCGGCGCCCACCAGGUCGCUGCUAGCGCUGCGGCUGCCGGGCUCUGCCCUGCACGCUGCCUGUCAGCAAGCUGAUGUGGUGAUGACGCAGCUGCUUGUCUGGUAUGGCGGUGACGUCCGACACCGGGACGCUCAGGGGCAGACGGCGUUGGCUCUGGCUCAAAGUGCCGGUAGUCAGGAGUGCGUCGACAUUCUGCUGCAGCACGGAUGCCCGAUUGAACCGGCAGCCUCUGCUGCCACGGCAGUGGGCUUCGCAUCGGCCGGAGCGCCCAGCUUCCCUGUUGCUAUGACGCCGAACCUCACAGUUGCCACAACAAUCAAGAUCUCACACAAAAGUGGCAGCACUAACUUGAGUUACAGCACUUCCAGAAGAGCAUUAUCAUAAUCACUGUGUCGUGUGUGUGUGUGUGUGUGUGUGUGUGUGUGUGUGUGUGUGUGUGUGUGUGUGUGUGUGUGUGUGUGUGUGUGUGUGUGUGUGUGUGUGUGUGUGUGUGUGUGUGUGUGUGUGUGUGUGUGUGUGUGUGUGUGUGUGUGUGAGCUUGUUGCUUUGCCCUCAUGGUGUCCUUUACAUCUACACAGGCCAGUGCAAGUGAUGGACAAGUUGACAGAUGUUGCACCUCUGGAGCUGUAUGAGGGGUUCAGAGGUGUGUGUUUCAGGGAUGAAAGCCGCUGAUCACACAAUACGAGAAUGAUUUUACCAAACUAAAUAACAGAAAUAUUCCUGCCUACAUACACCUGUGCAUUAGUAUUUAAGAGGAAUGUACUGAACUGUUUAUCAGAUUCAGAUCACGUCAUGCAGUAAAUACUCGACUUCGUUCUCCAUUCGGUUCAUAAUGGAGACCUGCUUGCAGCCUCAAACAGCUUAUCUGAGCAGCUAAAGCCCAGACGUAAAGAACUGCAAUAAGUUUUACUAUUUCAUAGUGGGAUGUAUUGAUUUCUUAACAUCAAACAUGGCAGUAGGUAUUAAUUUUGACAAUGAAUGUGAGUCUUAAAUUCACCUGAGCUGGUCAUUCAGUGCAGAAAUUGUGUUAUCUGUAAGUUGAUGUGAAAACAUUAGUGACUGGAAAGGGGAAUGUUGUUUUAAAGAUAAAAUAACUGUAUAGAAAUGCUAAAAUAAAAAAAAAAAUAAUGUAAAAGUGCUUCACUCUCCAGGUUGUGGAUGUAUGAUUUGUACAGUUGGUUCUGUGUAUAAAACUCAGAGGGUCACCCAUUGCUGUUCAGAGAUUUACUGUACAAAGUUUUGCUUCUGUUUUUAAUUGUAACCACCUGGUUAACUGGGAUUUUUAUGUUAUGUUUACUAGUGCUUUUGACAUUAAUCAUGUACAGGAUGUGUGUACUAUGAUGCCAGCAUACAGACACAUGAACAAGGACAUACAAUCUCAUUCAGUUGUAAGGUUUUACAUUUAGGGACAUAUAAGAAUAAAUUAUAUGGUCCCGAGGUCUUAAAAUGAGUUAAAUACAAACUCAGAUGACCAACAGCACAUGACAUGUUGCACUGUCAUUACAGAAGCAACAGUUAGCGGUAAAUGAUAGUAGUUAAGAUAUUAUUAGUCUCUCAUAUUGUUGUGGAGGAAUUUCGGGAAACUAUUAUUUACCUUGUUGCUUUAGUUCAUCGAGAUUUGAGAGAACAUGUUGAAGCACAGCUCUUUUCAGUUCCCAUCAGACUGGCAUUUGGCUGUAUUUUAGUAAAUAGAAGUUCAUGGUCGACUCAGUGACUCAAGGAGCAAAACAAGCCCAAACCAUUACACUCCCACCACCAUGCUUGUUAUCUGGUGCCGGAUGUUUGUGUCGUUCUUGUUGUUUUUUUUAAACAGACAAUAAAUGGUUUGGGACUGUCUCUCUAACCCUCCCCAGAGUGAUGUACAGAGUCGUGUUGCUGAUAUCAUUACAGAUGAUUUACCUUUUUAGCAUUGUGUUGACACACAGCUGACGGCUCCAGACCAUCAAGCUGUCAAUACUUCUGCUGAUUAUCACUUAAUCAAGUGAAUUUUAUUAGCGGCUCCUGGUUUGCUUCUUAAUUCUUUUGAAAGCAGCAAGGAUGUGCAGUAUUUUAUACAAGUUUUGUUUUUUUUUGCACUGUGUGAUAUGUCAUGUUGUUGCUCAUCUACUACCAAGUGAAGUGUUGGUAAAAACCAGAUGAU